AUGACUAUGGGAUCGAAUGAAGGGUUAAAAGAGUAUUCCCAAAAGUGGAGAGAUCUGGUUGGACGAGUUCAACCUCCACUGUCUGAUAGAGAGCUGCUUGACAUGUUCAUGGGCACUCUGACAGGUCCAUUCUUUAACCAUAUAAUUGGAAGCUCUUCAUCUGGUUUCACUGAGCUGAUUCUAACUAGAGAACAAGUCGAAAGUGGUAUCAAGAGCGAAAAAUUACCAGUGGUUGCGUCUUCAAGUGCUGUGAAAAAGAUAUUCAGUGGUAAGAAGGAUACCAAUGCUGUUUAUGGCUAG